GUUCCUUAUCCAGAUCUCCGCUGCAUGGAAAUCCCACAUAUAUACGCCUUUCAUUUCAGUAUACAGCAAACCGAUAUUGUAAUAAUUCAAUCCGGGAAGGUGAAUCGGGUUCCUUUGUGAGUAAUGAAUGGAGUCAUGCUUUGAAGGAUGAAAGAUCUGUCCUUUUUGUUUUUAACCCUCUGCUUCCCGUGAUCCACAAACAAUCGAGACGAUGAUGCGGCAGGUGACCACCAGUGACUUCUGCAUGAGCGGCCGGCCGUCCUGCCUGGCGGAGGACUCCCACCACCCCGCCUCCCACUUUGAGCUCUGCGCCUCCCAGUCCAACAAGUUCUACCCCUCCCCGCACCCGCCCUCGCUGCAGAUGGGCCUGGGGCCCAUGCCGCCGCUGGCCCCCCAGAGCUCACACAAACCCCUCGCCUGCCACAGGCAGGACGCCCUGGGAGACCCCCGCUCGCCGGGACCCCCGCAGGGCUCGGGCAUGGGCAUGGGCAAGGCCGGCGCCGAGCCGCAGCCGCAGGACCUGAAGAAGAAGAAGCCCCCCGGGGGGAAGUCGGGCCGGCGCGGGCGGCCCGCCGGGACCACCAAGCUGGCGGGGUACCGGACCAGCACGGGGCGGCCCCUGGGGACCACGCGGGCGGCGGGCUUCAAGACCAGCCCGGGCCGGCCGCUGGGCACCACCAAGGCGGCGGGGUACAAGGUGAGCCCCGGGCGGCCCCCCGGCAGCAUCAAGAGCCUGUCGCGCCUCAACAAACUAGCCUACGGCACGUGCAGCGGCGCCGCCUUCCCCUACCCGCUGCCCCAUAAGGACAGCCUGUGUGAACCCUCCUGCAAGGACAAGGUAGCUAAUGAUUAACCCCCCGGCCCCUCACCCCACCUGGGCUUUGUCCCGUCAGAGAGCCCUUCUCCCCCGGCCCCUCACCUCCUCGGGGGGCAGUCCCGUCAGUGAGCCCUUCUCCCCCGGCCCCUCACCUCCUCGGGGGGGCAGUCCAGUCAGUGAGCCCUUCUCAUCGGCUCUAUUUUGAGAGAUGCAUGCUAUAGUUCUGCUGUCAGAAACGGGCCAUGAUUGUACAUUUGUUCCAGUCUGAGAAAAGGAAGUGUGCCGUUGCUGUUGUGUUUUUUUAUAACUGUAUUUGUGUCGUCAUAUGUGUGUGUGCUCUGGUCAUGUGACCAUCAGGAUCUCAUUUCACCGUUGAAUCUAUCAGCGUCAAAAGACGAUUGGUUUUAAAUUCACCUGGGAAAUAUUUUAAUAUCUGAUCGUGCAGCCAUUAAAACUUAAUUUGGUCGGUUGAUAUGACAUCCACUGCUGUGUGACACCAUCUGUCAGUGGCUGGCUCUGCUGAGCAUGCUGCUACUCAGCAACCAGUCCAGUUUAAGCAAGUAUUUUCCAUGUUGUCGUUGUUAAUGUUGUUUCCAAACGGCCUUCUGAUUCUAGGUGUUGUUUCUGUAGGUCUGAAUACAGCAACAUGCAUUCAUUACCUGAACCUGAAUAUAAAUAGACUUCCACAUUCUAUAGGGGUUCUAUUUUCAAUUACCUAACUUUUCAACAAUGGUCCCACUAUAUUUAUUGUUCCGUAUGCAGUUUUGCAUCACAUUAAUUUAUACAAAAAUCAAAAAAAGUGUGAAAAUAACAAGCAUGACUUCAUCAUGAAAUGCAGUUUGGCUAGGGGUAUACUUAACCAGGUAUUUAACCCCUUCUUCCCAACCCUUUUGUUGGAGAAAAGGACUAUGCCAAACAUUUUCAUGAAUCAUUGAGGAGACAAAUGGCAGCAUUCUGCUUUAAGAGAAGCCCUAAACACGAAACCCCAUCCCCAUCAUUUGUAAAUAUUUAAUUGUUUCUUUUUACUUUUGUUUCUAGACAAUUGCAAUAUUAUAAUUCUGAUGUUUUUUGUUUUAAAUUUUUGUAUAAUAUUUCAUAGAGUAUUAUGAAGGCAUGUCUCACAUUCUGCCACCCUAUCUAUUCUAAGGUUGGAAAUUGCUGUAUAUUAAUUAUCUACCCUGAAGCAUUUUCUGGCAAACGUCAUUGUCAGGUUUGAAACAUGUUUUCACUAAGUUAUGGCUCAACCCUUCUUCAAACGCUCAUUUAAGGAGAACAGAUAAGAGAUUUAAAGUUGGUAAAGUGGAAGCAAAUAUGUGUAUGGUUGGCUCUAUGGCUCUAGUUUGUGUGUGUGUGUGUGUGUGUGUAUACAAAGCUGUCAACUGCUUAGGUUGAAAUCUGUAGACAUGCUUUUAACCGAUUACGACCCAAAACACCAUUGUCAUCCACCUCUACCAAAGAUUUGUAUCUUUUCUACAAGCUUCUAUAAAUUCUCUGCUAGAGUGUUUUGAUAACUACUACUCAUCUACUGUAUUAUAAUCGUGUGAUUCGGGGGAUACCCAUGUGGCGAAUACAAACGCAGGUCAUUAAGGAGCAUGUGUGGGAGGUUUCAUCUUUUCCAAGGAUGUUUGCAAAAGUAGUCUGGGAACAGCUGGCUAUCAAACCCAGGAGCUAUCAGCCAGGAUCUGAUCUCCUCCCAACCUCCUUCGCACUCCCUUCCCCACACGAUGAAAAGGGUUUUCCGGCCUCUGUUGAACGAAACUGAAUCUGACCAAGGAACUUGUGUAUGCCAUACUGCGAAUGAAGACGCUUCGUUGUACCAUGAAUAAAUAGCUUGUUUAAAUAGUGUUGUUAAUGCAUUAUAAAUCCAUACCUAGGAGCAAUGUAUGCUUCCACAAUCAAAUCACAAUUUUAUAUUCAAACGUUUUUACUUACGGACACAAUAACAUCCCUUUUUUUUAUGUAACCAAUAUGUAGCUUUAUGUUAUUUACACUGAUGGAAGUUGCUCCUGUUCACAUUACAUGUCACUGACCUUGGCGGGACACUGGUUUGGUUUUAUAUGGUGUCUGUGCUGUACAGCAUAUAUACAUAUAUAUCCUUUUUUCCCUUUUACUUUUUUCAAGGAUAAAGUAGGCCUAUAACUCAAACGAUAGUGGAUUAUAAGACUUAAAUCCGUUCCAAAACUUCCAAUUCCCAGUAUCUUCCUUGUUCAUGACAUUGUGAAUUAUGGGAUUCCAUCUCCCCAUCAUACUUCUGGAGAACCCUGACACGUCUAGUGUUAUUCCUCAGUGGGUUGACUUGUUUCAAAGGAUCUCCAAAUUUGGUUACAAGACAUAAGUGCUUUUGUGAAUAUAUUUUGUUGCGUCCAACUUUUGUUGAUCUCUUAUGUUGAAUGACCAUACACCUCACACAUAUUCUGUGAGUAACUAAGUUUAAUAGAAAGCCCAUAUAUUUGGUAGUUUUUCAAGGUGCGAUAUCAAAGAGGGACUGCAGUUAAUGGCAACGUUUUUUGAUAUGCCUUUACAAUUUUAAUCCAACACAAUCAAGGGUAAUUAUUGUUUAAAUUAUGAAAUGUUUCAUUGAUUCACUCACCCUUCAGCAAUUUCUACACUUUAAAACAGCAGGUUUUAAAGUGAUUUUGAUUAAGAUGUUACCUCACACUAUUGAGUAUUAUCCGGAGAAGCAAAGCCCUGUGAUUAAUAUAUUGUGUAACACGCUCACAUUUAAUUAUUUGUAUAUUCCCACGUUUUUUUGCAUUUCUUCAUUUCUUGCAUGGUUGUUGUGAAAUGUCUAAAGGUUGUGUAAUAAAUUCUGA